AUGAUCAACAAGAUCGAGAGCGAUGAGAGCGUCAGCCUUAAGAGCUCUGCGCAACCAGCAAGUGAAGAGGAGGAAGGACACUGUUUCGUGCAGGAAACGCUCCCCAGGCAUGCCCCGCAGAUUCAGGAGGAGAGAGCAGUGAAGAGGGUGGCGAGCAUCUCGGUCAAAGACUUUAAGCAAGAGUUCUUCAAGAAGGAUCUCCCCGUCAUCAUCACCGGCGUCAUGGAUGGUUGGCCCGCCUUGAGGUUGUGGAGAGACCUGAGGUAUCUCAGAGACAAGUUUGGCCAUCGAACUGUCCCGGUCGAGCUUGGAAGGAUAGCAGGAGGACAGAAGCUGGACGGGUGGCGAGAGGAGGCGAUGCUCAUGGAGAGGCUGAUUAGCGAGUACCUGAUCCCCUCCAACAUUGCCUGUCUCAAGGAGCAGUCGAUGGACGACAAGGACGUGGCGUACCUUGCUCAGCAUGCUCUCUUCGAUCAGCUCACACAGCUCCAGAAGGACUUCGAGGUGCCGGAAUACUGCGAGUGCGGGGCAGUGGAGGGGAUGAACGCGUGGCUGGGGACAGCAGGGACUGUGACGCCGCUGCAUCACGACUCGGCAGACAACAUUCUUGCUCAAGCCGUGGGAUACAAAUACAUUCGCUUGUACCACCCACAAGAGACUCGAAAUCUCUACGUCAACAAGUCAGGGAGGCAAUCCCUUGCUUUGACUGUCCCCGGGCAGGUCAACUGCGAAUUUCCGGAUUUCGAUCGCUUCCCGCUCCUGCAGCAGGCGAACUACGAAGAGGCUAUCUUGAGACCUGGGGACAUGCUGUUCAUCCCCUCGAAGCACUGGCACUACGUGCGGUCUCUGACGCCGUCCUUCUCCGUCAACUUCUGGUUCUAG